AUUAUAACCCAGUCACACCACCAGAGUGAAGAAUAGCCACUGGAACGAAGAAGAUAGACAUUGAAACGCCCUCUCCAGAUCUCAUCAUCAUCUUCCUCUUUCUGUUUACAGAUAAAUAGAGAUACAGAUCUCGUGAAAGCUCUCUUGAUCCAAAUCAAAAUCAAAAAAUGGAGAAGGCAGAGAGCGAGAAGAAGGCAUCAUCCGUAUCAAACGUAGGCGCAUGGGCAAUGAACGUCACAAGCUCCGUCGGAAUCAUCAUGGCUAAUAAACAGCUCAUGUCCUCCUCUGGCUUCGCCUUCACCUUCGCAACAACUCUCACAGGCUUCCACUUCGCACUAACCGCACUGGUCGGCCUCGUCUCAAACGCCACAGGCUUAUCAGCAUCAAAACACGUCCCUCUCUGGGAGCUUCUCUGGUUCUCCCUCGUCGCUAACGUCUCCAUCGCCGCUAUGAAUUUUAGUCUCAUGCUGAACUCUGUUGGCUUCUACCAGAUAUCGAAAUUGAGUAUGAUACCGGUAGUGUGUGUGAUGGAAUGGAUUCUACAUAAUAAGCAAUACUCGAGAGAAGUCAAGGCUUCUGUUAUGGUUGUCGUUGUUGGAGUUGGGAUUUGUACUGUUACUGAUGUUAAGGUUAAUGCUAAAGGUUUCAUCUGUGCUUGUACUGCCGUUUUCUCCACCUCUCUGCAACAGAUCUCAAUAGGUUCACUGCAGAAGAAAUACUCAAUUGGAUCUUUCGAGUUGCUCAGCAAGACAGCUCCAAUCCAAGCUCUUUCACUCCUUAUUUUUGGUCCGUUUGUUGACUAUUUCUUGAGCGGUAGAUUCAUUACUACUUACAAGAUGACUUACGGUGCCAUUUUCUGCAUUCUUCUCUCUUGUGCAUUGGCGGUUUUUUGCAACAUAAGCCAGUAUCUCUGCAUCGGGAGAUUCUCUGCUACCUCAUUUCAAGUAUUGGGACACAUGAAAACAGUUUGUGUCCUUACCUUGGGAUGGCUUAUCUUUGACUCGGAGAUGACGGUCAAGAACAUAGCAGGGAUGAUCUUAGCGGUGGUGGGAAUGGUGAUUUACAGUUGGGCUGUGGAGUUGGAGAAACAGAGGAAGACGAAAGUGACGCCGCAUGGUAAGAACAGUAUGACGGAAGAUGAGAUUAGGCUUCUCAAAGAAGGAUUAGAACAUAUGAAUUUAGAAGAUAUGGAGCUUGGAGAUAGCAAAGCAUAAACAAAUCACUUUACCAAAGUUUUUUUUUUUGUUGUUGCUUUUAUUCUGGCCUUUUUUAUCUAUAUUCUUUGUCUCAAAGAACCUUUAUUUUGAUGAUGAUCUCUCCUCUGUCAAGCACAUUCUUUUCUAUAGAUAUAUGUUUUUCUA